AUGGAUCCUCGUACAGAGCGUCUGCAGCGCUACAAGCACCCCGAAGAUGCUGUUGAGCCUGAAGCUGUCACUCGCAAACGCCGCAAGAUAACCGUCUAUGAAGCAGUCGCUGGCAAGGCUGGUUAUGAAAGUCUUCUCGCGACCGAGAAACGCACUGCUACAAAGUAUCGAGACACUCAGACAAACUCGUUGCAGUCCGUUCCGCCAGACGAGGUCCUGUUUCGCCGUCAGGGAGCCCCUGAGCGAUAUCAAGAAUCCGACGUCUACCAGGCUCCACACCCACCCACUCCUUUACCAGAUUCCGACCUGCUUAAGUUUUUACACCGAUAUGCAUCUGACUUUUACUCGAACGCCACUCCGGACAAAGGGCAAAUCGACUUUCAAUCAAUGGACGAGACUGCUUUGCUUGCUUUGGGUAUACUGCUGGAAGAGACUGCUGCCCUUCAUCUUGGUGAUACUGGCCAUUCUGCCUUCAUCGAAGACGAGAACGAGGACAUCGUGACCGGCAAGCGGGAGUACUGGGAUGGUGGGAGAUGGGUCCGGAGUGUCAUCGAAAAGAAGACGGCUGGCUCCUGA